AUGUCGUUGCGUUGGCAGAGAGCUGCGGUCGUUAGAUGGUUCCUCUUGAUGCUCCUAUGGCAGUGGGCAUCCCUGGGCCCCCUCAGCUGGGUGCUGGCCCUGGCUGAGCCCAACCCCUCGCCCUUCUCCUCCGUGUCCGGCCGCUCCAGCGGCCAGCUGGACUGGCUGCUCUCCGACAAAGGGCCCUUUCACCGCUGCCCCGAGUACACCGAGUUCAAGGAGCGCUUCCAGCAAGGCUUCACCACCCGCUACAAAAUCUAUAGGGAGUUCAGUCACUGGAAAGUGAACAGCUUGGCCACGGAGAAGAGAGACUUCUUCAAGGCCCCGCUGCCCUUGGCUCCCGAGUUCCUGCGCAACCUCCGGCUGCUGGGACGAAGGCCGACUCUCCAGCAGAUCAACGAGAAUCUGAUCAAGAAAUAUGGCACCCACUUCUUAGUGUCCGCUACUCUUGGUGGGGAGGAAUCGCUCACAAUUUUCCUGGAUAAGCAGAAGCUCAGCAAGAAGUCCGAGGGGAAUGGCAACAGCUCAGUGGUCUCCCUGGAAAUCCUGCACCAGUUGGCCGCCUCCUACUUCACUGACAGGGAGAGCACCCUGAGGCGUCUCCACCACCUGCAGAUCGCCACCUCCGCCAUCAAGGUAACCGAGACCAGAACGGGGCCCCUCGGUUGCAGCAACUACGACAGCCUGGAUUCCGUGAGCUCCGUCUUAGUGCACAGCCCUGAGAAUAAGAUCCAUCUGAAAGGCCUGCAGGAUGUGCUGCCCGAGUUCUUGCGGAGCCGCUUCGUGGAGGCGGCCCUCAGCUACGUGGCGUGCAACUCGGAGGGCGAGCUGCUGUGCCGCAACAACGACUGCUGGUGCCACUGCUCGCCCAAGUUCCCCGAGUGCAACUGCCCGUUCGCCGACAUCAAAGCCAUGGAGGAGAGCCUGCGCAAGAGCAAGGACGCCUGGGCCAACUCCAACAACGAGUUCAUGGGCUCAGAUGAAUUCAAGUCCUUCUUGAAGAAGCUGCCCACCGAUCGGUUCCUCAACACCUCGGCCAUCCUGAGGUUCUGGACAUCGGACGCCCCUCUCCAGCGGCGCUACGGGCAGCUGGAGGCCAACACCAAGCUGGUGAUGGGCAAGGCCCAGAAGAUCGUGCGCAAGCUCUUCACCCUGAGCAAGCGCUGCCCCAAGCAGCCCAGGAUCAGCCUGCCCAGAGAGAGGGCGCUGCGAUUCUGGCUGAACCGCGCACAGUCGCUCCUGUACUGCAGCGAGCACGGCCUCCUGGGCACCUUCUCCGAGGAGACGCGGAGCUGCACCUGCCCGUCCGAGCAGGCCACCUCGUGCCAGGGCGGCGUGCCGUGCCAGGUGGGCGAGGGCACCGCGUGCGCCAGCUGCGCGCCGGACAACGUCACCCGCUGCGGCGCCUGCCACCCGGGCAGCGCGCUGCACGCGGGCGCCUGCCGGCCCAGCAUCGCCAACUCGCUGGACCACUACGUCAACUUUGACUUUGACAUGCCGGACGCGGAGACGCGCUACCUGCUGGGCCGGCUGGACAGCCGCAUGGAGGUGCACGCCAUCUACAUCAGCAACGACGUGCGCCUGGGCAGCUGGUUCAACCCGGGCUGGCGCAAGCGCAUGCUGCUGACGCUCAAGAGCAACAAGAACAAGUCCAACCUCAUCCACAUGCUCAUGGGCCUCAGCUUCCAGAUCUGCGCCACCAAGAACAGCACCCUGGAGCCCGUGCCCGCCAUCUACGUCAACCCGUUCGGGGGCAGCCACUCGGAGAGCUGGUUCAUGCCGGUCGACCAGCAGGACUUCCCCGACUGGGAGAGAACUAAGCUGGACGGCUCGCUCCAGUGCCAGAACUGGACGCUGGUGAUGGGCAGCAGGUGGAAGUCCUUCUUCGAGACGGUGCACAUCUACCUGCGCAGCCGCAUCGUCACGGACGACCCGGCGGCCAACGAGACGCUCUUCUACGAGCCGCUGGACCUGGACGACCACACCUCCAACCUGGGCUACAUGAAGAUCAACAGCCUCAAGGUGUACGGCUACAGCAUGCACUUUGACCCCGAGGGCAUCAAGGACCUGAUCCUGCAGCUGGACUACCCGUACACGCAGGGCUCGCAGGACGCCGCCUUUCUCAUGCUGCUGGAGAUGCGCGACCGCAUCAACCGGCUGUCCCCGCCGGGCCCGGGCGGCCAGCCCCUGGACCUCUUCUCCUGCCUGCUGCGCCACCGGCUCAAGCUGUCGGCCAGCGAGGUGACGCGCCUCCGGGACUCCCUGCAGAGCUUCAGCGCCAGGCUGCCCAACUCCCCGGAGCCCGAGCUCGGGCAGUUGUGCAGCUAGCCUGG